UCACUUUCCUACGCACCCUCUGACAUCAGCCACCUUCUCUGUAGCUACAGUUUCUCUACACUCUAACUCAUCCCAGGCCAUGAAAAAUGAGCCUCUCCCCCACCCUUGCUGCCUUCUUUUGCCUUACGCCGCCCCCAGAGAAGAGUCUCCCCACAAGGCAGCCGGUGAAGGUUUUUUUCCAAGUCACAUGAUCCAGGAUGCAGGGGGAGAAUCCUUCUUGGAACAGAGAUGCGCCCAGAACCAAAUCAGAUGAGGAGAGAUAAGGUGUGAUGCUGGGAAGACUAUAUAAAGAAUGGAUCCGGAGCUACAGCAAGCACUCAACCAAGUGGCCCCUUCUGGAGACACAGCCAUGCAUGUGCCUGCGGAUUCCGCAGCCAGACACCUGGGAGCCACGAGCCGCAGCUACUUGUAUAUCACCACAGCCACACUGGGUCUGUGCCUUGUCUUCACGGUGGCAACCAUUAUGGUGUUGGUAGUUCAGAAGACGCAGAUUCUGGAGCUGAUUACACCUACUCAUCACUGCUCUAUGAAAAGAAAUGAGUCUUUCAAGGACUCCGUUCCCAAUUCACCUGGCAUCUUUCACCUUAAAGGAGGAAGUUGCUCAGAGGACCUCCAAUGUAUGCUGAAAAUGUUGCCAUUCAGGAAGGCAUGGGCCUACCUCCAAGUGUCUAAGCAUCUAAGCCAAAGCAAGUUGUCUUGGAACAAAGAUAGCACUGCCCAUGGGGUCAUACAUGAGGAUGGGAAUCUAGUAAUCCAGAUCCCAGGCUGGUACUUCAUCAUCUGCCAAUUACAGUUUCAUGUGCAAUGCUCAAAUCAUUCUGUUGACCUGAAGCUGGAGAUUCUCAUCAAUGAAGAGGUCAAAAAACAGGCUCUGGUGACAGUGUGCGAAUCCGGAAUGCAAACUAAAAACAUAUACCAGAAUCUCUCUCCGUUCUUGCUGGAUAAACUGCACGUCAAUACCACCGUAUCAGUCAAGGUGGACAAAUUCCAGUAUGUGGAUACAGAUACCUUUCCUCUUGAGAAUGUAUUGUCCAUCCUCUUCUACAGUAGUUAAGACUGAAUAAUUUCUCUUGGGCUUCAUGAAGAAAGCAACUCUCUACCACCCUUCAUCCAUCCAUCCAUCCAUCUAAAAAAUAUUUUAGAGCUAGACACAAACCACAAAGAGUAUUAAAUAAUAUACUUCUCUUUCUGUCUCUUGGGAAGAUACAAUGCCAGUAUUAAAAAAAAAGUUUUGAUAAAGUAUCUUGUAGAUAGAAGACAGGGAGGCAAUGUAGUAUGGUGGAAACAGCCCCACAUGGGAAUCAGAAGGGAUGGACAGAUGGCCCAAACCAACCACUGAUUCACUGUAUGACCUUGAACCAUGCCUUCUGUUUUGAGAGUCCUCAGCUAAACUGAGGAGCCAGUACCAGAGCAGCUCGCAACUCUAUCCCAAUAGGAAAUGAAGGGAAGCUGAACAUGGGUACUUACAGUAUGCUUUUCACGGACUACUUCUACCCGGUGGAUGGCCUAAUGCUUCAUGGUUCAAUACAUGACAGGGCAUCCCUCAUGUGGAUAACUUGUUUACACUGGAAAACACUCAUGUACUCA